GCUGGGACAGUGAGGAGCAGCAAGGCCGGGGCUGGGCUAGUCAGCCUCCCAGCCCGGCCCCUGCUGGAGACAUAAAUAGGCCAGGGGACAGCUGCUGCACAGCCACUGCUGAAGUGCUGCUCCAGGUCACCCAGGAUGAAAGCCGUGGUGCUGACCUUGGCUGCGCUCUUCCUCACGGGGAGCCAGGCUCGGCAUUUCUGGCAGCAAGAUGAACCUGAGUCACAAUGGGAUCGAGUGAAGGAUUUAGCCACCCUGUACGUGGAUUCAAUCAAAGAUGGCGGCAGAGAGUAUGUGGCCCAGUUUGAAGCCUCCGCCUUGGGUAAACAGCUAAACCUGAAACUCCUGGACAACUUGGACAGUUUGAGCACCACGGUGACCAAGGUGCGCGAACAGCUGGGCCCGGUUACCCAGGAGUUCUGGGACACCCUGGAAAAGGAGACAGAGGUGCUGAGGCAGGAGAUGAACAAAGAUCUGGAGGAGGUGAAGCAGAAGGUGCAGCCGUACCUGGACGACUUCCAGAAGAAGUGGCACGAGGAGGUGGAGCACUACCGCCAGAAGGUGAGCCCGCUGGGCGAGGAGCUCCGCGACGGCGCGCGCCGGGGGCUGAAGGACCUGCAGGAGAAGCUGAGGCCGCUGGGCGAGGAACUGCGCGACCGCGCGCGCAGCCACGUGGCCGCGCUGCGCCUGCAGCUGGCGCCUUACAGCGACGAGCUGCGCCAGCGCCUGGCCACCCGGCUGCAGGCGCUCAAGGACAGCAGCGCCACCCUGUCUGAUUACCACAGCAAGGCCAGCGAGCGGCUGCGAGAGCUGGGCGAGAAGGUCAAGCCGGUACUGGAGGACCUCCGCCAGGGCCUGCUGCCCUUGUGGGAGAGCCUCAAGGUCGGCGUCCUGGCCGUCUUCGAAGAGGCCACCAAGAAGCUAACCGCCCAGUGAGACACCCUUUGCUCCCUGGGACUCCUCCUGGCCCCAGGACCGACGGGCCCUCUCUUCGGGUACCCCUUCCCCUCGCUCGGUUUCUUAGAAUAAACGUUUCCAAAGCGGGACGUAUGUGUUGGCUUGUAUGUUUUUUGAAGCUUCGAUUAUGAUUUUUAAACAAUAAAAAGUUCUCCAAAAUAAAA